AUGGGCCAUGACCAAGAACCACUGGCUCGGCGCGAGAACGGGGAGUCCAUCGAGUCAACUGCCGAAGAGGCAGGCCCCCGGCGUUGCGCUUCGGUGGCGCUGACGUCCAUCGCGCUUGGGCAGGUGAUUGCGGUACUCAACACGCUCACUGGAAUCUUUUCUUCCACGCUCGCAGCGGAUGGGAUAAAUAUACCCACGAUCCAGUCCAGCCUGAACUACCUGUUGCUUGCGCCUCUCCUCCUCUUUGCCUACCCAGAAAUACGAGAAGAGGGCCUUAAGCUGCCAUGGUGGCGCUACAUGCUCUGGGCCCUUGCGGAUGUGGAGGGGAACUGUUUGGUGGUGCUGGCCUAUCGCUACACCUCUGUGGCCUCGGUGAUGCUCCUGGAUGGCUUUACCAGCCCUGUAGUAAUGCUCCUUUCAUGCCUCUUGCUGGGAACCAGGUACACAAAGUAUCACAUCGCCGCCUGCGUGGCGUGCCUGUUCGGGCUCAGCCUGACGGUUUUUGCAGACAGCUCCAAGGCAGCAGCGGUUCCUCAUGCUUGGCUGGGAGACCUCUUGGUCCUUCUCGGCACUGUCGGCUAUGCCACCUCCAAUGUUCAAGAGGAGGUUUUACUGAAGCGUCAGUGCAGCCGUUAUGAAGCGCUUGGUAUGCUGGGUGUGUGUGGCAGCGUGAUCUCCUGUAUUCAAGCCUUUGUGCUUGAGGGCCAUACGCUCAUCGAGACCAAAUGGUCCUGGCAGGACAUUGCUUGCUUGCUGGGCUUCCAGCUCUGCUUGUUUGGGGUGUACAUGCUGGUCAGCAUCUUCCUUAAGAUGGCUGACGCCGCCGUGUUCAAUAUGUCUCUGCUGACCUGCGAUCUGUACAGCAUCCUUUUCUCUUGGGCAGUUGACACUGACAGUAGCCUGUCCUGUCACAUCCCAUCAACAGAAGGGCGAGCACCUGUAGUUGAGGUGUGUGUACGCUGCGGCAUUCUUGUGCCAGAGGGCAGUCGCUAUUGUGCCGGAUGCCUGCCUGGCACACAGCAAGAGGCAUUGGAGCUCCGCCAGUCUGUUGGCAAGAUUCUCGCAGAUCAAGCGGCCCUUCAGCGCAAACUGGAGCUGCAGCAAGAAGAGCGAGCUCAGCUGGAGGCCAAGCACGCGGAUUUGGAAGCCAAGCUCUACGCUGCGGAGACCGGCCGGCCGGACAGCGAGUCAGAGGCCGCGCAGCAACUGCUGGCAAUUCUGGCCCAGCUCAAGACGCUGCAGCUGGAUAGCGAGGUGUGCACUUCACAUUUCCUAAAUCAACAUCAUAAGAGAGAUUCCAGAGCAUCUGCCAUGGAUGGGACUGUGUAUGUCGAAGUGCAGAGGGCCAAUGGCCUCUCCAACUCCGAGUACCGGUUUGGUGACAUCACCAGCAAAGUUCUAGGCUGUCGGCGCGUGAGGCCAUAUGUGAAUUGCAGAAUUCAGUGGGAGAACACUGUGACCAAGAUGCAAAGCACUUCCUGCAUCGAAGCUCCGGGAAACGGAGAAUGGUUCGAUUGGGGUGCUAACCUGGCUUUUGCAGUGAGGGCCGACUUUUGGAAAGCGUCGCGCUUUAAGAUCCUCCUGGAGGUUUUCGACAAGAGGGAGCUGCAGGGCGCUUUACGAGGGGAUUCCUUUAUUGGCAGCGGGGAAAUCUUUCUGGACCCCAACACAGUCGCUGCCUCGCCACAGCAGGGCGUCGAGCUCUUUCGCAAUGGCCAGAGUGCCGGUGAGCUAAUCCUGGCCAUCAACAUGGAGGCGUCGGACAUGGCGCGGGCCAUCAUGGCCAUCAGCACCUGCUGCCCUUUGACGUCCGUAGUCCGCGCGCUGGCGCAAGUGCUGCGAGCUCCAAAUGCCACAGAUCUGCUGAUGGCAGCUCGCCCGGUCACUUUGCAACUUUCGCAGGACAUGGAAGAUGAGGUCCGCCGCUUGUUUCAAGCCUGGGUGCUACGCUUUUGCCAGCGCACGCUUCAGCUAAACGGCGAAGAGACAGAUGAGCAGACCAUCAGUGCCUUGUGGAAGCUCGCAAGGUCGGCACAGGAAAUCGUUGCCUGCAGUGUCCACCGCAGCACUGAUGACGUGCAGGACAUUGUGGUGGCCUGGCUAAAGAACUUCUUCACCGGCUGUGCCAAGACAGAGGCACAGCUGAACGAGUCUCGCCUGCGAAGCCUUCUGAACAUGCGACAGGACCAGACAGGUGCUGGAGAUUCCAAUCCAAGACAAGAAUUGCUCAGAAUGGGUGUCAAAGUCGACAAGCUCCAGAACGACGUGCUGCACGCAGUGCUCGCGCGCUUCAAGGAGGCGCAGCAAGGUUCGGAGGAGGAAGUCUUCACCUGUGAGCGGAUCGUCCAAAACGGUCGUGCAAUGCCUGGAUUGUCUGUCGUCCUGCGCAGAAGUCCAGGAUCCGACUCAGGCUUUAAUGUUUUCAUCUACGAAACUGAUUCAAUUCGUCAGUGGCAGGCCAGGUGUCUCUGCGAUCCGUGCACUCGAGCUGCGCUUCGCGAGGAGGACAUCCUGCCCGUCAGCUGA